GAAACUUUCAGCUGGUUAAACAAAUCGCUGAUGAAGACCCAAGUCAGGUCAAUAUUACCAAUGUUGAUGGUGCAUCUCCAUUAAUGAUUGCUGCUGUCACUGGACAGCUGCCCCUUGUUCAGCUGCUUGUUGAGAAGAAUGCUGAUAUUGACAAACAGGAUAACGUUCAUGGCUGGACAGCACUAAUGCAGGCCACAUACCACGGAAACAAAGACAUUGUGAAGUAUUUGUUAAAUCAAGGUGCUGAUGUCAAUCUUCGUGCAAAAAAUGGUUACACAGCUUUUGACCUGAUAAUGCUGCUGAAUGAUCCAGACACAGAGCUUGUGCGGUUACUGGCAUCAGCAUGCAUGCAAGUAGACAAGGACAAGAGUAAGCUGAACAACAGGUCAUCGUUGCCUUGUUCCAGAAGUAGGCAAACCCUAAAUGUCCCAAUAUUGCCAGAUGACAAAGGAGGUCUAAAGUCCUGGUGGAGCAGGAUGUCCAAUCGCUUCCGCAAGCUGAAGUUGACUCAGACAUUGCGCCAUGGAUUUCCUUCCAGUCAGUUUGUGCCUUUUCCUGAUGAGCCUGAACCGUCAUUAAGUUCCACCAUAAAAGCAGUUUCACAGAGUGAUACGGACACCUCUGGAAACCUUGAUGCUGCUACAGCUUGGAUCACAAAUAACAAAGCUAGUGGUGUAAACACUGCAAAAGGAGGAAAGGAUGAUGAAUUAUUGACAACCAUGUUGCGAAGCAGUGCUCCCUUCACCAGGCUGCCCAGCGAUAAGCUGAAAGCAGUGAUACCCCCUUUCUUACCACCCUCAAGUUUUGAACUUUGGAAUUCUGACCGAACGCGACUCAGCAAAGAUGGCAAAGCUGAACAGGUGAGAACUGCCUGGCCACAGAGAGUGGUUAAGCACGAUUUCAACAGCAGUGGGAACUCCAAUAUAGCAUCUGUUAGCAAAGGUACUCGACCUGUCAAAUUACCAACGUUUGCAAGACGACCUGCAUCUCCUUCGAAUUCCAACAACUUCAACCAUUCUCCCCAUUCUUCUGGUGGAUCCAAUAACAUUGCAGGAAUUAACAGGCAUGGAGGAGAACUGCAUAACAGAUCAGGUGGCAGUGCAGAUAAUGUUUUGUCUCAGAUUGCAGCCCAAAGAAGGAAAGCAGCAGGCUUACCUGAACAGAAACCCAGCCAACAGCAUAGCCCAGUCCAGUCAACACCUUCAUCCACGCUGUCUGAUCUGCAGUGUCCUCAAGUUGUUGGCAACGGGCACGUUGUAAAGGUACAGAAGAAUCAAAAACUGGAGAUGAGCAAAAGACCUCCAUCUGGGACUUCAUCUACGUCUAAAAGCACAUCACCAACUCUGACACCUUCCCCAUCGCCCUCCCCGUCUCCUAAGGUUCACAACGCAGAGUCCUCUCUCUCUUCUUCUCACAGACAGGCCAAGAGCAAUGGUUCCAGCAGUGGAACAAUUACGGAAGAUGGCAACCACUUGGUGGACCAUCAACAGCUUGUCCCUGUUCUGAGAACCAGUGAUGUAGAGAAUCAUGAAAGACGAAACCAUGUGAGAGUAAAGGGAGGCUCCGAAAACUUGGAGAAAGAUGAGCUGACUGGCAUCCUUAAAAAAUUGUCACUUGAGAAAUACCAGCCUAUUUUUGAGGAACAAGAGGUGGAUAUGGAAGCCUUCCUUACACUUACUGAUGGUGAUCUGAAAGAGCUGGGUAUUAAAACAGACGGAUCAAGGCAGCAGAUUUUGGCAGCUAUUUCUGAACUGAAUGCAGGAAAGGGGCGAGAGAGACAGAUCUUACAAGAAACUAUACACAACUUCCACUCUUCCUUCGAGAGUAGUGUUAGUAACACACGACCUCCAGGUCAUUCCCAGUCACCCGGCUGCUCUAUGAAACCACAAGAAGCUGUUUCUCUUAAAAGGUAGCUACUGGAAAAAAGGAUUGUUUUCUUAUGGUGAAGUUGGGUAUCUGAC